AUGUUUGAGAAUCAAUGUUCCCUCCGCCUCCGUGGAGUUCAACUGAUCCCCGAUUCGUUCCACUCUCGCAUCGCUCCUCUCGAUUCAUUCGCCUCUUCUCUGAGCAACAUAAGCGUAGCACCGCCGUGGUUCACCUCGAUCCGUCGCCGUGAUACACACGAGAGAGAAGAAUACGAGAGAUGUUCAAGGUUUUCUGGUGAUUCUCCAAGAUUCAAGAAUGAUGACAAUAAAGAUUUGAAGAAGAGAUACACAGAGUUGGCCCUGAUAGAGUUUGAAGAAGAGGAAGACUAG